AUCACCGCCUCGCCCAAUGUACUCAAAUCCCGAUAAAUUAUAUGCCCGAUUUUUUGAGUUUCUGAAAAAAACCGAAAAUUGGUUUCUGAACGGGCAAAUCGGCCCCGAUAUUCCGAUUCCCGAAACAACCUUCCCGCACUCUCUUCCUUCCCCUUGAGAAACCCACAGCCGCCAUUCAACCGUCCUCUUCACCACAAUGUCCUCUACUACCCCCAUUACUCCCGCCGGCGGCAACAAGCCGUCGACGCCGUCCAUCUGGGCUUCAGCAGGCAUCUGUCGCUGUUCCCCUCCAACCAAGUUUCGCGUAAUGGUCGUUGCCGAUCCCAGCCGCGCGUCUUCCGAUGCCCUGCAUUGGACCCUCACCAAAACCAUUCUCGAACAAGACGAGCUCAUUCUUCUCCACGUCGAGACGCCAAACUCCAGCCGACUUGGCGGCGCCUUGUCGGCUCUCCUCCGCCGGCCGACAU